GAAAAAAAUGGACUGCAGAAAACACGAGCACCAAGGCAACAGAGGAGUAUGCGCAUGUUGCUUACGAGAAAGACUCUCUUUAUUACCCGAUACGACGUCGUACUACACCAUAAACCUAUCUAGUUCCUCAACCACCACCAUUUCUCCGGUUAAGGAAUACCACCGACGGUCCGGUUCGAUGACGAUGAUGUCGUUCGCCGUGAGGGAAGCGUUGAGUGGUAAGCUGAUCAAAGAGAGUUUAGGUGGAGGAGGGCUAAAGAAAAGCAGAUCUAUGGCUCAUGUUCCGAGUCAUGAUCCAUAUAAUAAUAUCGUUGGUGAUUCUAGUAGGAGUAAGAAGUUGAAAUCCACCAAGGCUAAGGUGAGUGGAUUUUGGAGGAAGUUGUUUCAUUUGAAAGGGAAAGGCGGUGGCGCCGACGUCGGAGGAGGAUUGGUUGCUUCACGGCAAAGAGUGUAUUAGAGAUUUUAUUUUAUUUUGUUCUUGUUGUUAUGUGUACAUAUCAGAAAAGGUCAAAUGGAGCCGAAAAUGAUAUGAGAACUACUAACAGUCUUCUAAAUAUUGGUUUUUGUCAUUGCUGCAAACCGAAUAUAAACGAAACAUUUUAUUAAA